CCCAGGCGAUGCUCCUAUUGGUCAAAUUCCCCGAUUGCGUAGUGAACACGGAAGCAAAUCGUUUGUGUGAUGUGAUGUGAUGUGGACAAAAUGAUCGGAGACCUCUUGAUAUUCGGGACCUUACUUGUGAACGCAGGAGCUGUGCUGAACUUCAAGCUCAAAAGGAGGGAGUCGCAACAAGGAUUUGGAGAUGAGUCCAGAUCACCGACAACAGGUGACAAUAUCAGAGAGUUCCUGCUCAGCCUGCGCUACUUCCGGAUCUUCAUUGCUUUGUGGAACAUCUUCAUAAUGUUCUGCAUGAUCCUCUUGUUUGGUUCCUGAUCCACCUGCGUGUCAGCUGGAUUCUCCCACACACACAGAAACUUCCCAAGAUGGACGUUCGAAACUUCUCCUUCAUAGGCCCGUGCUUUCCUCUAGGCUCUUUUAACAGGAAUCAUAUUCAGUUUUCUCCACCACCCAUCUCAAACUCUCCCCCGCUUUUGACAGUUUAGCAUUUAAAAAAAACAAAAACAAAACAAAACAAAAAAAUUCAAUAUAUUUAUUUUGUUUUACAUGUUUGUAAGACAGACUCCUGGAAUGAAAAUGUCACUUUUGGACAUACAGUAUGUGUUUUGUGUAAGCUGUAAAUAUGCAGUCAUCUCUGCCUUUUGCUGGA